GUACCAAGCGCGGCUCCAAGACAAAAGGCGUGCCGUAGAUUUCCACAGAAAAACAAGAACACCAGCAUUCAAGUCCUUAGUUUCAUCACCGUUCAACAUAUUGGGCCUUCACUUCAGAGAUGGCAGAAGAAACCAUGUCCCGCCCAAUUUCGAAAAGGUUGGCAGUUAUUACAGGUGCAAACAAGGGAAUUGGAUUGGAGAUCAGUAGACAGCUGGCUUCUAAUAGGAUCAUGGUCAUACUAACAGCUAGAGAUGAGAAGAAUGGUCUUGAGGCUGUUGCAAAGCUAAAGGAAUCUGGGAUUUCUGAUGUGGUUUUUCAUCAGUUGGAUGUGAAGGAUUCAAUAAGCAUUGCUUCAUUAGCAGAUUUCAUUAAAACCCAAUUUGGGAAACUUGACAUCUUGGUGAACAAUGCAGGAGUUAGUGGAGUUAUAGUAGACUGUGAGGCUCUAAGGGCCUUGAAACUUGGGGCUGGUGAGGUAGUAGGCGAGAAAUCCGAGUUAGUGAAGGGAGUGAUGCAGCAGACAUAUGAGAAAGCAGAAGAAUGUCUGAAAACAAACUAUUAUGGCUGCAAAGCAGUAAUUGAAGCGCUUCUCCCUCUUCUUCAGCUAUCCAGUUCAGCAAGGAUAGUGAAUGUGUCCUCCAACAUGGGGCAGCUAAAGUUCAUCUCCAAUCCAAGGGCCAGAGAAUAUCUAGAUGGUGUUGAUGUUCCAACAGAGGAGAAAGUGGAAGAGGUGUUGCAAUGGUUUCUAAAGGAUUUCAAGGAGGAUCUCUUGGGCCCCAAUGGGUGGCCCACCAUGUUAUCUGCAUAUUCAGUCUCCAAAGCUGCUCUCAAUGCCUAUACAAGGAUUCUAGCCAAGAAAUAUCCAGGAUUCUGCAUAAACUGUGUGAAUCCUGGCUUUGUCAAGACAGAUAUUAACUGUAACACUGGGAUCUUGACCGUUGAAGAUGGUGCUAAAGCUCCUGUAAUGUUGGCAUUGCUGCCUGAUAGUGGACCAUCUGGACUCUUCUUUGAUCAGAUGGAAUUAUCCACCUUUGCUUGAUCAUGGACUUGAACAAGAUCAUUAUUGUAGAACAAUUUAGUAGCUGAUUAUCUGAACUUAGAUGGUAUUAUACAUUCUUACUUAUCGAGCA